CUUACACUGUGUGUAAUCAUUUGUAGCAGGUUUCAUCCAUGGCGCAGACGACAGUGGUUAGCCUGCGAGAUGUGAAUGUAUUGAGUGAAAAUCUGCGACAGUUUUUGUAGUGUGGAUGCAGCAGAAUGGCGGAUAGCAUUGUGGAAGGGUGGUUGCGUUCUUUGAACCUUGUACACUACACACAAGCGUUCUUAGACAAUGGCUAUGACGACUUGGAAGUGUGUAAACAAGUCGGAGAGGCGGAUUUGGAUGCGAUCGGUGUCACCAAACACGAUCACCGAGAAAAGCUUCUGCGCGCCGUACGGAUACUGAAAGAGGAGGGAGGAACGGCUGUGUAUUUCACAUUGGAGGACCCUAUCUCGCCGGAAAAUAGUUAUGAGGAGACAGUAGUGUUUGCGGAUCUGGGCCCUGCCCCAGGAUCUCCACCCCAAGGCCUGAGCGCCGAGGCCUACGACGCGGGGAAGACAGCCCUUUUGACUUACCCGAAAGUCCAACUCAAACAUAUAUUGAGGGACAAGUUAGUUGAAGAUGAGAUCGACUUGUCCAAUCCGCCAUUCACCACGACGGAAAACACCUUGUGCCAAAGUAGCCUGACUGCACUGGCUGUCAAAUAUGCAAAAGAAAUCAAGACCCACUUUGCUGAUGUGUGGGACCGACUGGAAGACCUGUGGAAAGUGGCCCAAGAUAUCGACAACUUUCCGAGUGUAUGCAGGAGUCCUAUGCACAGUAUCUAUGGUGGAUCAAGUCUGUAUGGCUUCUCUCCCCGUGGAGUACCGCCGCCUCUGCCCUCAUGUCCUCCGCCAUCCACCAGCCAUGUUGACAGAAUGCCGGAACUCCCCAUCUCGCCAUAUGCAUACAGUCAAGAAAACUAUGUGGCCAUUGAUGGAGGUGUAUGUUGUCUGUUUUCUCGAAAAAUCACCAGGCCAGAUGUACGGGACACUGUGCUGUCGGAGGGCAAGAAAUCAUCCUCUUUGGGCAAAUUUUUACGAAAUAUUGGGAUACGUCGGUCAGGAAGAAAGAACUCGUACAAACAACAUUCAGGCGACCUGCUGGCCUCCGAUAUCACGAUGAGCGAUGAAGACCGUAUAGCGCUGAUGGUGAUGGUGAAGGAGGGCAAGAUCUCCACGGAAACAGCUUUAGAGGUGGUGAAAAGAUUUGAGGAUGACAGAAGAGCUGAUGAAGUGAAGGAGAACCGUCUGUUUGAGUCACCAGCGUCCCGGAAAAGCGGGAAAGAUAAGAAAAAGAAAGCAGGUGUUGGAGGAAAACCUACCAAAUCACACUCGGCCGUGUAUACAGAUGAAGCGCCAAAGUGCCAUGUCUGCAAACAUCUAAUGCUCAACCAGGACUACGAACUGCCCCUUCCACCGCCACCUUCCGACGGCCAGCCGCUGUACGAGUGUUGCCGGCAUCGACGCGUGCACAGUGUCGGGCAUAUUGACUUUCCACAGCAUCUACAUUCCCCACCGUUUGUGCGCGCAUUCUCCUGUUCACCCACCCGCAACGCCACCCAGUCAUCAGUGGUGAGUUCCCCGGGACCUGCUCAUAGUAGACUCUACUCCCCCAUACUGUCACAGGCACCCCGGAUACCCACAGUUACCUCGCAGUCAGCUCUACCUCAGGGAGCGGAGAAUCUCAAAGAAAGGCUCUCAGGAAAACCACAAAUAUUCCUUCACAAAACCCCGUCAAGGACAUCUUUACUGUCCUCGGAGUCGGACCAUUCAAUGGAGUGUACGUCACAUGCCCCACUGAAAUCAGACGUUGUGACCACACGUAAUGAUGACAUGAACUAUUGUAGCACAAACUCUACUGUGUCCAUGAGUUCCGAUAACUCUCCUGCUCAAGGGAGGAAGAAAAGUGAAAAUGCUGUUAAAGCUAAAGGUCAUAGGUGGCAUCGGAGCGCCAGCUAUAGCACAGGGGAUGAUGGGAUAUCUUCGGAGAACGACGAUCAUGAUGAUGCACAUCUGCUGGGUGCUGUCAGUCGAGACGUGUGUCGCAACGGCGGCAAGUUGAGUGGGCGACUCCGAGACAUGAAGAACAAGGUGCUCAAGGGAAGAGAAGGUCACGCAGCAGAGCUGGACUUUAGAACGGCUCAGAUGGUUCACCGGCCGCCGCUCAGAAGAGAGAACUCCUAUGGCGGGACAAGGUCACCAAUCUACAACUGCCACAAUCCAGUGGUCUCCCACCCCCAGGCUGCAUCCACCCCAGACAGGCCAGUCUACGCCACCGCCCCCAUCCUGGGGCGUGCCAGGGUCCACACAGACUUUGACCCCCAGUGGCGUGAGGAUUUCCUACCCCUGAAGCGAGGGGAUGUAGUCAACAUCAUCAGCAUGGGCCACUCGGGGAUCUGGAGGGGCGUUCUCAAUGGCAGAGUCGGCAACUUCAAGUUCGCCCAUGUGGAUGUGCUGGGAGAUGAUUGGUUGAGGACACAGCGCAAGGAGAAACAGUUACGGCGCCACAACUCCCGCAAGUCUAAACCCAAGUCGGUGGAGGAACUCAUGCAGAGAAUUGGCUUGGAGCACCUGACCAGUUUGUUUAUGCUGAAUGGAUUUGAGAUGUUGGAGACCUUCUCCGAGCUGGAUGAGGACGACCUGAACACUCUGAACAUCACUGACCCUGAACAGAAGGCCAAACUCCUGACAGCGGCUGAACUACUCAAUGACUGUGAUUCCCAUGAUGCCUCAGAUGGCCACACUAGAAGUGACCGAUCAGGAUCUGGUACCAACUCCUCAGAUACACCAUCAAGUCUUUCCCCUGCCACCGUCACUGGGGCUGAACACGCACAAGCAAGGACGGGUAACUCCAGCAGGGACUCCGGAUGCUAUGCCAGUAAUGAACAGUUGAUGCUCAAGGAUGCUCAAAAACCCCACUCUAGUCAACAAGCAAAGGUUGUCAUGACAACAGCUUCUCAAAUCAGGCCUGCUAACACAGGGGCAGCCCGCUCAGAUGCCGAUUGUAGUGGUCACAUGUGUGGUAUGUGUGGUAAGCCCAGGGUUCAAGGUCAGUCACCUCUGCGGGAGGAUGAGGGUAUGGAAACCGAUCGAAGUGAUAAGGAUUACACAGAGGAGGACAAGGAGGUGUUUGCUAUUACUAAUGGAUAUUUGCAACAAAGGACAGGGUCGCCUCCUGAUAAGAGUAGCAAGAAUUCUAAGAAGAUGAGUGGAUAUUGUAAACAUUGUGUUCAUAGUAAAAUGCCAAGCAAACCGAAGAUGUCACAUUCUCCUUCUCGAGGAACCCCUAGUGCUAACAAUUCCUUGUCUUCUGACACGAGCACCAGCACGACCUUGACAACUAUCCACUCCCCAAGCAACCCCAACCUCCAGUGCUCAGUGUAUGGCUCCAGUACACAGGCCAGGAGGAAAGUGAAACCAGUGCCACCACCCCGAGCUCCCGGCACCGAGAUCACAUCGGUCCCGACGCCAGAAUAUGCUGCAAGGGACAUGUAUCCACAAGUCAGGAACCAACGACCAAAGGACAUCAAUCCAGUGAGUCUGUAUGGACGGCACCAGAUCUCAAUGCCACAACUGCAGAUGCCUUUGUCCAUGUACUACCCGGAGAGGAUUGCCUCCCCUCAUGGUAGCAUCAUCUAUGGCCAAGGGAAGCAGAUGAUACCAGAGCCGAUCUAUGGUCAGGUAACCAUCAAGAAUGUCAGUCGGUCGCUCAUCCCCUUGGUGUCCACCAAGCUGAGUGCCGAGAAGAUUGAUCUGAGUGAGGAGCCAUAUUCAUCUGAGCUUGGCAUGUGCGCCAUCCCACCCCUGCUGAUCCAGCGGUACGCGGAGGAGCUCCGACAGGACAUCCAUAGUGUGUCCCUGGUGCUGGAGCAGGUCCGACUCUACCAUCUACAGAACCACCAGAGGAACUCGAUUCCCAAUGACAAGUUGUCUGAGAGCUGCAGCAAUGCUGUGGACCUGAAGAUAUCUUCCAUCGAGGACUUCUUCAUCUCGAUCGGCCUGCCCAUGUACAUCGACCCACUGUAUGAGAAAGGAUGUUGCACUAUACAGCUGCUGCUCAAUCUGACAGAGAAUGAUCUCAACAGGAUAACCGGAGCUGAUACCCGGCAUCUCAAACGCAUGCAGCAUGCCAUAGAAUGGGUCCGACACAAACUACAGUCACCUGUCAAAAGCCCAAAAUCUCCAACCAAAAGUCCAACUUCUACCAAGCAGACAUCAGUCAGAGACAGAGUUUAAGAACUUUGUAAUUUAGACCUUGUUGUGAUGUUUCGUACACUCUUCCUGCUACGAUCUUUAAAACAAACCUCUAAGGUCUGUCAACAAUCUGAGUCAACUGUGACCUGGUGACUUCCAGCCUUCAAAUACAGGCAUGAGAAGCAGGUGCCCCUUCAUGAACAAUUAUUGUACAUUCAAAGUUGUAUAUGUGAAGACAGUGAGGUUGUUUGCAUGCAGACAUUUGUAAAUUGUAUUGUUUUUAUAAUAAUAUGAAAUUUUAUUGUACUGAAAUCUGAUGUCAGUACAUGAAUACCAAAUGCCCUGUACACAUAUGGCUGUUCGUAUGGUGGAUAUUACAGGGCAUUAAGCUCUUCUCACUUUUUAACUUCAAAAUUUGUAAUUAUGAUCUUUCUGCUGAAGAUUUUGUGAUUGGCGUACUCAUUCAUACAAAAUAAGGUUUAUUGUUCGAAGGUGGGAAAUAGUGAAGUCUCACAGUCUAAUCUGUACAAGUGUCAAAAAUGUUUUUUUUAUUUUUCUUGUAUGUGCAUCUGUAUGGUACGAAUGUAUCCUCUCUGCCUGGUCAGUAUAUCCAGUACAGUGAUAGUGCAGUGUGUAUGGCAUGUUCAACAAACAUAAUCGUAAUACUCUGUGAAUAAUGUAUAAUCAGUGGAUCAUUAUUUGUGAUUUGUACAUUUUUACAUUGGCAAUGUGUACAUAUAUCAUUGUAUUGUAUGACUGUGGAUGGUGAGUUACUUCAACACAAGUUCACACUGUUGAUUUAUCUAAUAUAAUGCAAGUUAAUGCCAACAAUUGUGAAUACAAGUUGAUGAUUGGUGAGGAUGCACUGAAGUAUGGAAUAACAGCUACGUAUGCCCCUAGGCAUUGUUUGACUUAUUAACUGAGAAACAGUUGCUUUAAGUGUAAAUAGCAAAGAAAAUUUAUGUUUAAUUGUAAUAUAGACACUUAUUGAAUUGUUACAAUCACAUUAUUCUCAUAAUGAAUUUCUAGUCGAAAAAUGUUAUGGCAUUUAUGCAUGAUCCUUAUGUUCAUGAAUAUUCAUCAUUUAUCCUUGCAAUUUGUAGUGCAUCUCAAGUUGGAUGAAAUAGUGCUUGUUGAUUGAGUGACCUGGUUGAGAGUUGAGUCUAGAGAUGUUGUGAUAGAACUGGGCUCGCUUAGAACUGUAUGGGGACUUCUUUGUACAGGGACAAAGACCAGUCAUAUGGCGGAAAUAUUGAUGAGAGCAAGCUCACACAAACAGUUUUUGAGGGAAAACUAAGUUUUAAUAAAGUAUCAUGUUUCUGGUCUUCUGGUGUGACCUAAAAUGACGUGGCCUUUUUUUUCUCUCAUUUUCUUACAAGCUCAUUUGCAUGGAGGUAAGACAUAGUUGUCUCCGGUAUUAAGGUGUCCUUUUAAAACUUCAGUAGAGUCAUGUCUAUACUGUACUCGCACUCAACAAGCCCAAAAAGUCUUUUAGUCUUCCAGGGUUUUAUCUGGACGUACUAAAGUGGGAGUCCCUGGUACCCCCAAUAAUCAAUUUAAGGUUCCUUGUAGGUAAUAUGAGGUAAUAUGUAAUGGUGUAGUGUACUGUAUGUUUAGAUAACUGCUUUGAAGCCUGGAAUGAAUCAGUGAUCAUGUGGACAGUGGUCAUGAUCGAUGGAUGAAAUGAGAGACACCCAUAACUGCUCUUUAUGCACUGAAGAUACAAUCAACAUUAUUGUGCAUUCCUUGGGACGCUGAAUUUUUUGCGUGCGUCCAUUCUCUACAUUUGUGCGUACUGGACUCAAAUUUUGUGCAUCAUGUAAAACGAUGGUCUUCCUACACACACAAGUACAGACAUGAGAUUGUGCAUUAUGUGGUGUUUGUACGUUCAUUUUUGGGAAAGCAGGUUACAGUUACCUGCCCUUGAGCUGGAAUAUAGCUGGAAUAUUGCGGAGUGUGGCGUUAAACAACAAACAAACAAAACCUGCCCUUGUUUAAAUAUGCAGAAAAAAUAAGAAAGCAAGACCAUGUGGGUUGACAAUGAUUUGCGGGCACCAGAAAUGUAAUACUUUUAUUGGUGGGGGGUGUACGGUUUCAUGAUCUGGCUGUAUUGAAUAUCUUGAGUGAGUCUGUGCAACGUAGGUCAUAUUACCUUUUUUGUCUUUUAAUCCGAUAUUGAGGAAAAUAGAUCUUAAGGCAUUAUGAAUGAUUUUUAUAAGUACUUUUCGUCCACUAUUGGUUGUUUUUAGACUUGUAUACUGACAUUUUAGUUUCAGUUCAUGCCAUGUUUUGUUUCUUUUUAUUUCUAUUUUGAUCAGUUUUAUUGAUAAGGAAGGCAUUUUUGUGUGAACUAUACACACAAUAGUGAGUCGACAGUACUUUUAUAUUUAUUUUCUUAAAGACAUUGUUGCAUGGUUAUUUGAGAAUCAAGUAUGGCAUUAGAUCAACCACUGUUCAUUGGUUUUGUGCACUCUUGAGAUUCAUAUUGAAUUUCAAAAUACAUUGAUCAAACAUCCCAGCAAAAGCCUGGUAUGAAAAUAUAUGAAUUCUGUUUUAAACGAGUACGUUGUCUGUCAGAUGAUUAUCAUGUAUUCUGCUGAAUCUCUCCUUGUUAAGGGACCAGUCAUUUUGAAGUGGCGAGAGUGUGUGCAGUUGUAUGAUAUUGCAGGUCUUAGAGAUGCUAGGAAAAAGAACGAUGCUUUUGUGAACGUUUUGAAAAUAAUUGACAAGCAUAUAUAAGAUGGUUUUACAUACAUUGGGUGAUGUCUUGAUCUUGGAAUUGAAAAGACAAAACUUCUGAAGUCCUUUCUCAUCCCCCCUCCUGUUAAAUGACUGGCCCCCAAUGUCAGAUGAACCCAUCAAACUGUUAACAGAAGUAUACAAAAUGUGAUAUUUGCUUGUAUUCUGGUUGUUGCAUAAAACUGAAAAAUUCUCCAAUUUAGCACUGUUGGUGAAGUAGUCAAUAGCUAGAGAGUAGCAGCUAGUGUAAAUGUGAGGCUAAUUUAUAGACCAGUGGAACUGAACUGUCUGUGCAAUAUUUGACUGUAUUCACUUGCUCCACCUUCCAGUCAUAAUGGCCCUGCCUUUGUUUAUACUGGGAGCCGGCUGUCAUGAUUGGUGCUGGAUGUUGGAUCAGUAUUUUUAUAAUAUAUUGGACAUAUUGCGACGGACAGCGCGCUUGUCUGUCUCUCUCUCUCUCUACUUGUUGUUCACUCGUUCCGAGAACAGUGUUGGAAAUAAACCAUUUGAACAUA